AUGGCUAAGGAUGUCCAAAGCCUGAAGGUCAAGGCUAAGCCCACUCGUGCAAAAGCAGAUGAGAGAGUGGCAGCCCUCCUUAAGGCGCGGAAACCCGACCGUUAUCACUAUGACAAGGAGGUCUUUGAGUCCCUCGUCGGCCAAAUGUCGCGGUGUUUUUCUCAUGCUGCCCCUAACCAGGGCCAGCCAGCUGCAGAUCUCAUCACAGGUCGAGCGGUUAAGCUUAAAGACCGGUGUGGAAUUCCUCCAGAGCAAACCCAGCAGCUAGAUCGCCCGUAUCUAUUCGUCGACCAAUUACAUGCUGAAUUAUUACUACAGCAAAAAGUUUCAUCGCUCUAUGUGAGACAGUCUGUUUACUAUGCAUUUUUUGGUAAACUCUCUACACCCCGUCAGCCUAGGGCCACGGCUGGAAGUGGCCCAUCAGAACAUGCCUCUGACAGGUCUUCUCCCUUAUUUAUGCCGGAUGAUAGUGCUCAUUUACAAUCCCGAUCGGUGGUAGAUAAUCGCCUACAACACAGUGAUCUUGCGGAACACCUUGAAGAUCGUAGGCAGGAACAGGAAACUCACCGCGAACGGCGACGUCAAAGGCGGGAGGAGAGGUGGUAUCGGCGUCGGGAACGUCGGCACCAUAGAGAGCGAGCGACUCAAUACAUGCUGAUUCCACCUAGAGCGCCGCCCUCCAGACAAGCGUCUACUAUAACUGAGUCAAAUGAGGUACUUCUCAUUAAUGGUGGAAGCCAGGGGGACCAACUAUCGGACGAUGAGCUACGAGUUGAGACAGGCUUAAAUGCGCCGAGGCUCGAAGACAGAAUUGAAGAAACCUCAAUAGAGAUGAUAGACCAGGACCUAGUUCAACAUGGGGCUGAAGAAAUAACCGAGAACGAGCGACUAGAAAACGGCGCACCGAUAGAAGAAGGACAUCGGGAAUGUCAUCAUGAUGACCUCCCCAACCGAGUCAUCUCCGACAGGAGUUACAAGGACAUUACUGAUCCAGCUCAGUCGCAGGAUGAGCAAGGUCACGCCGCUGAAAACAAGCAAAGGCAAGGCGAGCAAGUCGCACGAGAUUGUGCGAUGGCUCUCGACCAAUUGCAAAACGGGGCCGCAAACUUGCCUUUGACACCCGAAUAUAACGACAGGACCGUUGAACCUGCUCGGCCCGUCACUCCACUAGACAUUAUAAUUACCAGAUGGCGUGAACGAGGAUCUCAAUUGGGCGAGGAGAACUCAAAAGGGCUAACAAGUCCAGGUCUCCGAAACGGAACACUGGAGACGGUUGCUGCCGACCAUUUAGAAUGGGGCUUCGGGGAUAGUGUUUCUGGCUCUGAGCAGGAAACUGAGAAAGUGCUUGAUGCGCCAGCAACGCAAGUCACGCGGGAAGCAGCCGGUCAGCCUGGCGCGGAGCAAAUCCAGAAAGAACAGGAUGACAGGGUAGCGGCAGAGCAGGCACUUUUCGACGAAGAUGUCCACCUGACUGAAGAGGAAGCAGAGAUACAACGCUCUGAAUCUGCCCCGAACAACCGAAAGCGUGUAGCCCCAGCAAGAAAGGCCCACAAGCGCCUUCAUGACGGGAUAAUUGUUCUAGGUGAUGAAGCACAAAAAACUUUUACGCAGUUGGAGUCCACUGCAUGCACAGAAGGUACACCGGCCACUGAAUCCUACCAGCGAAAGAGACCGAGACUACAAGACGUAACAAUAAGGUUUCUAGCCUACGAGAGUCGCGGUGACUGGAGAACUCUGGAAACCGUAACCGUCAAUGUGUCCGCCCUAGGGGAUGCACAAAGAAUUGCUAAUCGCUAUGCGCGGCUGCAUGAUCUGAAUGCACGGUUCUAUAACCGUUCUCUAAGGAAAGUUAGUGUCAAUCAUUGUGUUCGCGCGAUGAUUGAUGAUGAUAGCUUGACCAUCUUCAUGAGCUUGGGUAGAGACUUGAAAGUCACUCGGCUACUGGUGGCCUCAGUUGCAAGAAUGCUGAGUGUUAAGCAAUCCACGGCGAGAGAUGAUAUAUUAAAUAAGCGGCAAGCAUAG